UAUGUCUUGACUCAUCAUCACCGGAGCGCAUUCGGUGCUUUGGUUCCAGCCUUUGCAGAGAUCCAGCUCUAGCGAGCGACGCGACGCGACGCGACAGGCGCAGGAAUCAUGGACGCUCCGCAGCGCGCCGCCCCUCUCUGAGCUCUUCUCUGUCCUCACGCCCGCGGUGCUGAAAUCAGCCUCGACUCGACAGCAAUGUAACGGCAAUGAGACAAAGACACCGGCAGCCCGACGAACAGACCGAUAAUGGACGAUGAUUUGUUUCAGUUAAGACAGCUCCCAGUGGUGAAAUUUCGGCGUACAGGUGAAAGCACUCGCUCAGAGGAUGAGUGUGGCGGCAGGGAAGAGGCUUUGCAGGUGGAGGGAGGACGGACAGAUAUGGAGUCUGUUUCCCUGGCAGAUGGUGCUCCGGUGCCUCGGGAAUUUGCCAACCCCACUGAUGAUACCUUCAUGGUUGAGGAUGCAGUGGAAGCCAUUGGCUUUGGGACAUUCCAGUGGAAACUGUCCAUCCUGACUGGACUUUCCUGGAUGGCAGACGCCAUGGAGAUGAUGAUUCUCAGUAUAUUGGCCCCUCAACUGCACUGUGAGUGGGCACUGCCCAGCUGGGAGGUGGCACUGCUAACUUCGGGAGUAUUCAUUGGAAUGAUGAUCAGUUCUUCAUUAUGGGGAAAUAUAUCUGAUAAAUAUGGGAGAAAAACAGGUUUGAAGAUGAGUGUAUUAUGGACCCUGUUUUACGGCCUCCUCAGUGCGUUUGCACCUAUAUACGGAUGGAUCCUGUUCCUCAGAGCUCUGGUGGGCUUCGGCAUUGGAGGGGCUCCACAAUCAGUAACGUUGUAUGCUGAGUUUCUCCCCAUGCGGUCCAGAGCCACUUGCAUUCUGUUGAUAGAGAUAUUCUGGGCUUUGGGUACAGUAUUUGAAGUGCUGCUGGCUAUUUUGGUGAUGCCAACUUUGGGCUGGCGCUGGCUGCUGGCCCUCUCCACCAUUCCACUCAUCAUUUUUGCAAUUCUUUGCUUUUGGCUGCCGGAGAGCGCUCGUUACGAUGUCCUGACAGGAAACCAGGAGAAGGCUUUAAACACACUCAAACGCAUUGCAGCAGAGAAUAAUGUCCCCAUGCCGCUGGGAAAACUCAUAGUGGCCAGACAGGAGGACAGGGGCAAAAUCCAAGAUCUUUUCUCUCCACACUUCCGCUGGACCACUGUUCUGCUCUGGUUCAUAUGGUUCUCUAAUGCAUUCUCAUAUUAUGGUGUGGUUUUGCUGACCACUGAGCUUUUCCAGGAGGGAGGCGCCUGUGGUAGGGCGAAGGGCAGUAAAAGGGAGGCAGGUUGCAGUUUGGAGUGCAAAUAUCUGAAUUCAGAUGAUUACAAAGACCUUCUGUGGACCACACUUUCUGAGUUUCCUGGCCUGCUGGUGACCCUGUGGGCGAUUGAUCGAUUAGGGAGGAGGAAGACUAUGGCACUGUGUUUCUUUGUCUUCUCCCUCUGCAUUGUGCCGCUCUACGGCUGUGUGGGAAGGACUUCUUUGACAGUAUUUAUAUUCAUUGCGAGGGCUUUCAUCGCUGGAGGUUUCCAGGCUGCGUAUGUGUACACCCCUGAGGUGUAUCCCACAGCGACGAGGGCACUGGGUUUGGGCACCAGUAGUGGGAUGGCUCGGGUUGGCGCUCUCAUCACACCAUUUGUGGCACAGGUGAUGCUGGAAUCAUCUGUGUACCUGACUCUGUCGGUGUACUGUUGCUGCUGUUUGCUGGCUGCUAUCGCUUCCUGUGCCCUGCCCAUAGAGACCACAGGACGAGGCCUCCAGGAGUCCAGUCACAGGGAGUGGGGUCAGGAGAUGAUGGGACGGGCCUCAGACCACAGUCCUGGAGAGAUUCCACAUUCCAGCUCUGAAUCACAGGACUAAGAAACACCACCGAUAGGUUUGGAAAGACCACAAAGGAAUAGCAUUUUAAGAACUCUUGGUUUUGAUUUAAAUCCGUCCAUUAAUGACACAUUCCUCCAUCAAAGGUUGCAGGUUUUCUUUUUAUGAACCUCCAAACCAGAGAAAUGGAGUGGAAUAGAUUCCCAUCACAUAAUACUCCCCUUUUGCCCUAAGGAACUACAACAGGAGAUGAUGGGUUGAAAAUGGAUCUAAAACAUGACAAAUUGCAUUAUGCAGUUUAACACAUGAAAUCACCCUCACGUGAUCAGAGGAUCUGAGGAGCAUUUGAACCUGAAAGAUAGCACAAUAGAAUGAACGAUUGCGACAGGUUUAGUAUGAAAGCACUAGAAAGAGGAUUUGUUUAAUUUUUUAAGAGGGCUUUACACUCCAGCAUUCCUUUGGCAAAGUCAUGAGAACUUUUAUCUCUUCAUUGAAGCAAAGACAGGAUGCUGCUAUUAAUCAGACAUUGCACCAGUUUGUGGUCUGUUAUCUUGCUUUUUUCAACUAUUUACCAUAUUUUAAGCUGGUUAAAUGUUAUCCAUUCACAGUUUUAGACUUUCGCUGACAACAGUGACGUAUCUAGUGGACACCAAAGUCUUCAUUUCACACCUCUCCUCGUCCUCUCACCAGCUGCCAACUGCAAUCACUCAUGUAAAGUGUAUAAACUCCAGGUGAUCCCUUAUAAUCAGGCAUAUCAAAGGUUAUUGGAUUCCUCUUAUCUUAAAAUACAGCUCAAUAACAAUAAAACAAUAGCAAGUGGCUUUCAUCAGAACAGGUCUGUAGGUCAAAUAUAUUUUAUUAUUGUCUAUUCUAGCACAUCAGGCUUCAAGUAUAUUUUUCAAACGACGGCUUGCAUCAAAACACACAACAUUUAGCAACAAUCUUUGUUUAUUCAGCUCAACUGCUCAGUGCUAUAUUCAGUCAUUUGUAUUUCUGCCUUUUCAACCGUACAGUGGGUAUGUGUGUGGCAUGAUGGGAAGUGUGCAGUUGUUCCUGUGAGUGGAGAGAGUUGCCUGCCUUUUGCGAUUUAGUACUGCGUUUUGUGUCUGUGUGCACAGAUCUCUUGCCACUGCACUGGAUGUACAUGUAUGAUAACAAUAAAUUAUGCCU